AAAUAACAUUGCUAGAGUCUUAUUAAUUGCCCAUCACAAAAAAUAGUGUUUUCUCUCAAACCGUAUGUGAUCACAACUAUAGAGAGUACUUUCCUCUCAAGAAAAUAAAACACCAACAAUGCCUACUACUUCUUCAAAAUCCAACCACUUUCGAUCAAUUAGUUUGCCCGGAAGAUCACAUUCGAACCAUGUUCGAUCAAUCAGUGUGCCUGGAAGUUCCCAUCAAAGCACUGAAAAACUUAAAGAGGCCAUCAAUAAUCUCAAAGCAUUGGAAAUAUCACCCACAUCAUCAGCAGAGGCUAUGUACAAUGGUCUACUCGGUCUAGAGGAGUUAUACAAGUGCGUGAAUGUUCUACUUAACUUGCCUCAAACCCUUCAAGCCUUCUCCCAAUAUCGUCUUGGGAAAAUGGUUGAAGAUUUAUUGGAUAAAUCUGUGAGGCUUCUUGAUCUUUGUGGCACUACAAGGGAACUCGUCUUGCAAUAUAAAGAAAAUGUUCGAGAUCUUCAAUCCUCUCUCAAAAGGAGGAAAAAAGAUUCAACAACAGAAACCAGCAUGACCAAAUUCACCGCCUUCAGCAAGAAGAUUAAGAAGGAAGCUAAACGACUAGUCGUGGUCUUAAAGCAAAUGGAUCAGGAGACUGAACGGUCAUUCAUACCCAAAGAUGCAGAUCAACACACAGUAGAUAUGAUUAAAACACUUAAGGAAGCCAACGCAGUGCGCGUUUCCAUUUUUCAAAUGUUCUUGUCCUUCUUGUCUGUUCCACUUUUGAAGCCAAAGGUAUCUAAAUGGUCAUUGGUUUCACGAUUAUUGGUAAACAAGGGAAGAUUAGCAUGUGAAGGCCAAGAAGGAAAAAUGAACUUGGAAACUAGGUUGGAACCAUUCGAGGCUCACCUUGACAACUUCGAAAAUGGCUUGGAAGGAAUAUAUCGGUGCAUGAGUAGAUCGCGGAGCUCUCUCCUGAAUAUCUUGAAAGAACUUGGAUUCAGUACACCCAUGUGGUUCAACCUGGAAUUAUGUAAAGAGAAAAAAGAGACAACCGUCGAAAAACUCUUUGGAGAGUAUAUGUGUCUCUUCAGAAAAAGUCCUAAUGUUGGAGCUUCUCGUUAUAAAAGUGUACGUUCUUUUUAGGAGAAUAAAAAGGAAAGUCUCAUUCCCUCUCUCUGUGUGAAAACUCUUUCUUCUUGUGUGAACUUCAGCGGAAUAAUCCUGGGAAGAGAAGAAGAAAACGAUCUUCUAUGAAAUAUUUGGAAUGAUCUUCUAUAUAGAUACGAUCAUAGGCUGUUAAUUUAUACAGUGUCGUUCGUGUUUGAAGCAUGUGAUUGCACUAUUUGAGUAAUGAAACAAAUACGGUAAAUUUUGGGGAA